ACAUUUUCUGAGUAUUUCUUGCUUUUAUUUGAUGUUAUAAUUAUUUUUUAUGCAUUUGCUAAUAGGGUAAAUGUUUUAUGUUUUAUUUAAUUGCUAUUUGCCUUUCUGAAUCUGUGUGAGACCAUACUUAGUGUGAUGAGAGAGAAUACUGCCAGAGAUUUUCUCAUGCCUUUCGGCUAGCAUUAUUUUCUGGAUUGCAAGCUUAUGUCAAGAAGCAAAUCAUAAUGUAGGCAGUAUACUGCAAUUAUGUCUCGUUCAGUCCGUGCCCUGACCACGCCUGCCAUCUUUUUUUUUUUUUUAAUUUAUCUUCCAUUUUUGUUGCUCUUCCUCCCUUUUCUACCACCUAAACGCAGCUUAGAUAUCCACAUCUAAUUUUUUCAACAUAGCCUCCCUAUCUGACAUGUCUCCAAUUUUUUUUUUUUUUUUUAAUUCUCCAACCGGUUUUGUGGAUUUAAGAAAAGGGUAGGUAGGGAAAAGAGAGGAGAGGGUGUGAUUCGUCCUGGAGCAAGAGAGAACUUACAGUGUUUUUGUAUGUCAGGCUAGAAUUGAAUAAUGUAAAGUUGGUACUCAAGUUUAUUGAAUGACUGCUGGUAAUCAUAUCACGUGCUGAAAACUGUCGCCAAGUUUGCAGUUCAAAGGUCUUUCGUACCAAAGUUAUGCGGUUUGGCGGCUCACUUGUGAUUCAUUCCCUGGUUUCCUUUGUAUUUAUCCUCAGACGUGUAAUCAGUGAGUGCUAGUCACGCCGCUGCUCUGACAGAAUUUCUUCCAGUAUAAAAUAUUUUCGAUAUGUUCAGUGUGUCAUGUUUUACUUAUUUGCAUAUGAAAUCUGUCUGGCAGGUGUGUUAAUAACGUAAAAAUGAGUUUCGGUUUGCAAAUCACCAUAGCCUUUACAAUACCACUAUGCGAAAUAUUAAUGAUAUAGACAACUAACGGAAAUAGUGCUUUGAGAGGCAAUCUAGCAGCUCUGUUCUUUGAUGAUGGUUUUUUUGGCGUGGUGCCAAGUAACUCCCGGAGCGAGAAUGUUUAUUUCUUUCGGAUGUAUUUUGUAAUCGAAAAUACUCUCAUUCAUCAUCGAAAAACAAUCGUCCUUGAAAAAAUAAGGAAAAUAUGUCAUUUGCCUUCACAUUACCCAGGACAAGAAAAGAACAAAAGAAUUGUUUGGCAAAGGCUUUAUAUGAUAAUGUGGCCGAAGCUCCAGAUGAAUUGGCCUUUCGGAAAGGUGACAUACUGACCGUCUUGGAGCAGAAUACUAACAGUCUGGAAGGAUGGUGGUUGUGUUCCUUGCGAGGCAGGCAAGGUAUCGUGCCUGGGAACCGUCUGAGACUGCUUCCCGGCAUGUAUGAUCCAACAGGUCUCGGCAAUGCUGGGACAAACUGCAUAACAGAUGCGUCUCAUGCAAUGAGGAGAAGUUGGGCCUCUAACCCAAACAAGGUAGUCACACCUCAGAAAAUAGGAGCUGUAUAUUUGUAUGACAUACCAUCUGGUGCAAAAUUAAGUGAAAGAAAUGAACAGUCUAAAUCUUCAUCACCAGUAUCCCGCUACCCUAUGCAAGGAUGCGUAACAGGAAGCUAUGAUACUCCUCCAAGCUCAAAACCAGUUCGAGUGGAAGCUUAUGAUGAACCUAGAUCACAUCCUUGCAGAUCACCUGUUCCUGCUCUUUCAGUUUACGAUUCUCCAAAAUCUAAUGCACCUGUUACAACAAAUGGGCAGCUAGUCCAUGAUUAUGAUAUACCUAAUUCAGAUCAAAUAAGCACAUAUGAUGUACCACGCUCUGCUGAAAAAGAUAUAGGGAAUAGCAUUUCCCACAUUAUUACUAUUGCAGAUAAUUAUGAUGUUCCUGCAUCUGCUUAUAAGAACAGCCCUCCAACUUAUGAUGGCAGAGCAUUUAGCCGUUCAAGUGGAGAUACAUCUGGCAGUUCAUCUUUUCGAUCCCCUUCAGGUAGUCAUUCCAGCAUUGAGACACUUUCCUUGUCUAGUGUUGGUGGGUCAAACCGUUCCAGCUUGGAACAACAUCCUGGUGAUUUGUAUGACAUUCCACCUGAACCGCAGCCUAUAAAUGACGCACGACUGGCACAUCAGCUACGCACUGCAGGUACCAAUGUGCCUUACCAGAGCAGCUUAGCUCAAGAAACUUACGAUAUACCUACAAACAAUAUGCCAACGCAGUUCUAUGAUACUCCUACUAAACCAGUCAAAGCUCAAAUUGUUGCUGAUGGUGUUUAUGAUGUACCACCUCAAGCAAUGCGAGAUAGUAGCCCAGUACCUAGAACAGACAUUGUUGAUUCACUUAGUCAAAUUUCACUAGCAAGCUCUGACCUUCCUGAUGGUAAAAAUGCAGAUGUUUUACCUGAAUGCUCAGAACUUUUAUUAGACCGCGAAGCUGCUGUUGAACUUCUAAUGAAAUAUCAACAUGAAGUUCAAAGUUCUAUAUCAAAAUUGUUCAGUUUUGUCAGUACAACUUGGCGAAAAUAUGAAAGUAUGGAUGCCAAAUUAAGUGAAAUUAAGACAACCUGUCAUAAACUACAGAGUUCACUAAUUGAACUAUAUAAUUUUGCACAAGGAGCUUUAGCCAAUUCUACUCAUGCUGCUGACAAAUCUCUUUGUUUUAAGUUAAAUAAACUAGUGAUGCCAAUAAAGGAGUCUUGUGCCACUGUCAAAAAAUGUGUUCAAGCUUUAGAUGAGAAAGGAUGGAUUGCAGCAAAACUUGCCCAUUCAGAUGAUUCAUAUGCUCCUGAUGAACUUGACAUGUUAGUUGCAUGUGCUCGAAAUCUUGUAGAAGAUGUACGUCAAGUGGCUUCCUUAAUACAAGGAAAUUCCACACUUCUGUUCAAGAAUCAAACUUCUUUGGCAGAAAAAUCAAAACCUCCUGUUGCUCCCAAACCUAUUCUGAAAGUAAAACCAUCGCCUUCUGCUAAACCUGCUGCCAAAUUGCAGGAGAGACCAUUGCCUCCUACACCAGCAAAUUUACUGAAAACGCAGAUCAGUAGUGGUGAAUAUUUCAAUGAAUAUGAUUAUGUUAAUCUGGAAUCGAAAGAAACAGUAGAGAAAGAAAAUGAAUCAAUAAAAGCUGUCUUGCCUAAAGACAUGUGCCAGUCCUUUGAUGAACUUGUGAAGCAGUCAGAAAUUCCUGUUGUUAGUCAUUCUGAAAAUGUUCCUGAGAUUGUAACUCCGGAAAAAACUGUUUCACCUUUAGACCAAAAAGAUGUGCAGCUUCUUAUGUUUUAUGGUGUGCAGAUAGAAACACAUAUCAUGCAUUUAACUAAUGCCAUUGAUGCCUUUUUGAUGACUAUAAAAAACAACCAACCUCCCAAAGUAUUUGUAGGACAUAGUAAAUUUAUAGUAAUUGGUGCUCACAAAUUAGUGUACAUUGGCGAUAGUGUGCAUCGAAAUCUUAAUAAUCCUGAAUUAAAAACUCGGAUCAUGCAUAAUUCCAAUAGCUUAUGUGACUCUUUAAAGACUUUAGUAAAUAACACGAAGAAAGCUGCCACAGAGUUUCCAUCUGUAAUUGCUGUACAGGAAAUGGUUGAUAGUGUUGUUGAUGUUUCACAUUUGGCUAAUGACCUUAAAAUGUCAAUAAUACAGGCAUCAAAAUCAUAAAAAAUACCAGAAUUAAUUUAGUGUGGCAAAUUUUUGUAUUUUUGGGGGGCCAACAACGUAAUUUGAUCAUUGAAAAAAGUGUAAAGCUUUUCACUUUCAUUUGAAGUGCACAGUUAACUUAUCUUGCUUUAAAAAUAUCUUUGAAUUUUUUGUAUAGUUAAAAGGAACUGCUAGUUUCUUACCUGUUGUAUUCCUAAAUGUCAUUAUAUUCAGCAGCUUAUUAAUCUUAUUAUAAGACAAAAUUUAUGGUAUGAUAGGUGCUAUGAGUUAGCCUUGCUAGGUGAGCCGGUUCUCCCAGACGAAUUAAUUCUUUUAAUGAUAUCCUUCUGUAUAUAUUCAAAGUUGAGACACUGUGCAUCCAUAUGUUAAUUUCUUUAAAAAGUAUUUAUAUUUAUUUCACAUAGGAAAUAUUUGUGCCGUGUAUUUUCAUAUUAAAUUUGUUUGUUAAUUUUGUUAAGAAUUUUUUGUUUUUAUUUGUUUAUCUAAAACUAUUUUGAUUUUUUUUCCAUCAAGGUUGUUUUGGCUGUGCAUUCACUAUUAUAAUUUUAAAAGUUAUUAUUAGCUAAUUUUUAUAUGAAGACAAUUUGCAUCUGCCUGUGUAUAUAUUCAUUCAUAUAGUUCACAUUUGCUAUAAUGACCACUUAUUGUAGCAAACAUCAGCUAUAUUAAUUUUCAAGAAUUCAUUGCUAAGAAAAUUGCCUCACCAUUUCUGUCAUAAAGUUGACUGAUGUUAUAAUGAUCCUUUAUGGCCCAGCAGGAAAGAAUGCUAUAUCAAAUAGUUAUUGCAUUGAAUGAGAAAGAUGAAUAGGCUUUUUCUUAUCUAUUGUUAUAUUGACAGUCACGUGUAAUCAAUUCAUAAUAUUAAAUAUAGUUUUUCAGAACAUUGGCAAUCAUAUAUAUAUAUAAAGAACUAGUUAAAUUGGGUAAUUUUUGGUACUUAAUAAUUUUCUUUCUUUUCCUAGGAGAUAAUCUAAGAACUCUUCUAAUAAAACUGCUUCCUAUAUACAUAUUUAUAAGCUCCCUGAAGUACACUUUGAGUAACAUAAACUGUUCAAAAUUUCAUUGUCAUUAGCUACUUUGCUCUUCCCAUAUCAGGAUAGAAAUUAAUUUCCUGCAGUAAUCUUCAUUAUUUUCAAAAAUAAGUAGAUAAAAGUCUGUAAUAAUUGUGCAAAGUUAUGCACUUUUUAAGAGUUAAUAUUAAUUGCGAACUGAUGAUGGUGAUGACAUAAUAUAAUUAUCAUAAAACUCGAAAAUAAUAAAUAUAUCCUGUAUUAUUAUUUUCUCGUUUCCUGUAAUGUUUUUGUCUUCACUGCGAAUAAUUCCUAAUUUUCCCACCAACUAGAAACAUUAAAUUUUAGGUUUAUUUAACAAUAUAUAUGAAAUAUGGUAACAAAAGAAAUUUAAUAGUAUCCCUUAGUGCAAUAUUUUAAAAUAUAUAUUUAAAGUAACAUUCUUGCUUGAUAAACAACAGUAUGAGUAUAAUGGACUUUGAUGCUAUUAUAAAUAUUUUUAAAUCAUUUUAUUAUUAAUUAAUUUAAAAACUAUUCUUUAAUUUCAUGUAAGACUUAAAUCAUUGACUCACAAGAAAAUAAUAAUAAUUAAAAGACAGGCAUCAAAAAGAUGAAUUUUUUAGUGCUUCUCUUGACUUUGUAUAUGUCAUUUAAUGCAUGUUUUUAAAAAUCUGUUAAUUUUUUUCAAUUUCAUUAUGUAUGCUCAUUCUGUUAGUUUCAUUAACUCAUAUUCUUCAUGGCUUUUAGUGUUAUAUCUAAAUGAUUUUGUUAAGUAUAUUAAUGUAAAAUAUUUCUUCCCCUCAAAAUGUUCAUUCAAUGAAAUCUUGAAGGAAACUGCAGAGUUCUGAAAUCUCUCAACUUUUUUUUGAGGGGGGGAGCUCUAUUUUUUUAAAUUACUUUAGUAACUUUAUCUUAACAACAAAAUAUUUGUAAUUUAUUGUAAUGCAUGAACUAUUGAACAAGUUUCUAGAAGUAUCUAUUUUGUUGUGAAGUUAGAAAACAUUCUAGUCUCUUUGUUUUUAAUGUUAUCAAUUUAAUAAUGUUUUAAUAUUGUAUCAAUGAAAAGGAUUAAAUUUUUUUAUGUUAGACAUAUUCUAGUUAAGAAGAAGGGGAAUUCUUUCUUAAAUUUGAUUUAAUUUUAUUUAUUUCUGUUUCUUUUUUAAAAAAGAUUGUAGAUUGAUAAGCAAAAGUAGCUGCUAAUGCAUUGCUAACCAACAGUCAUCUGAUAAUAUAAAAUACUGACAUAACACUAAGCAAAUCUGGAAUGACAUUUAUGUUAGGAGCUGAUAAAUUGACAGAAAUAAUUUGACAGAAGCUUAAAAUUAAAAUAAAUACUUAUUGGUAUUUGGCAUUCAGGCAUAAUAUAGUAUUUAGAAGUAAUUUAUUUAAAUAUAUUGAAAAGUUAUCCUUCAGUUAAUAGUUUUAAUGUUAAUGAUUAAACUCUUCAUAAAACCAAAAUGGUCAAAGCUAAAACAAGUACAUUACAUAGUUAAAUAUUUGUUGUGUUAUAGUGUGUAGUAUGUAUGAGAAUCUUGUGAUUUUUUGCCACUUAUCACAGUAAUUGUGAUUAAAACAGAACUUUUAUUAGCUGCCCAUUCUUAUUAUAAACUUUACUCUGUAUAAGCACUUUGAUAAAAUAUACCUAAAUGCGAUUUUUAUAGUAUGCUUAAAUUGCUGUCUUAGAAUGAAAUAGUAUUAAACUCUGUGUGUCAGAUC